AUAGUAGCGCAAUUUUUCUACUAGAGGUAAUACGAAAUGUCAUUUUUGUUAUCGUUAUGGUCGAAGACGGUCUUGAAUAUAAACAAAAGCGUAGCUCAUCUGUUUGCUUAGCUCUUGUUGGGAGAGAAGACAAAAGUGAUCCGGUUACACUUGAGCGAAUUCGUAAAAAGUCAGUCAAAUUUCCCGAAGUGAAUGAUUUAGUUACAAUGGCAGUAGAACCUGAAAAUCCUUGGUUAAACAGACGACGUUUGUCACCUCAGGAGUUAAUCUCCGCUUAUAAACUUCGUUGUGAUAUGUCUAAGAUUCAACCUUUGUACAGUGUUAUACUACAGUUGGAGCCUAUAGAUCUUACACAGUCUUUGGCUCGAAGACCUUUGUUCGACCUUAAAGGUUGUCAACUUAAUGAAGGACAUAUUGAUAUGCUUGAAAAUGUUUUCAGACAUGUUCAAUUUAAGUAUUUGAAUCUGGAAAACACAAAUCUUGAUGAUGAGUCAAUCGAGUCUUUAUGUGAUAUAGUGAGUCAUUAUGAAACAUGUACAGAAUUGUGUUUAGCUCGUAAUCCUCAUGUUACGCCUGAGGGUUGGCGACUAGCAGCUACUCUGUUUCGACGGAUGGCGAGUUUACAAUGGCUAGAUUUGAGAGGAAACAAUUUGGAUCUGCAUUGUGUGCAGGAUUUGUCUGGGUCUCUUCGAGGUUUUCCUACAGAAGGAACUAUAAGACGGAUUGUUAAAAAACAGCACGACAAAUACAGCUUUCCACAACCUGCGGGUUUUUUUACAUUACGCGGCAGAGGUCCUCUUGAAGUUAACAGACAUUCAUCUUGUUCAGAUCCGUUUUAUAAUUUACGAAAACCACGAAGAGCUUCUUCUUCCUUGUCUUCUCCUUCUUCUUCUUCUCCUCCUCCUCCUCGUGGUCUACAUUUGGGUAAUACAGGUGUCAAUGGAGAAUUAUUACAAUCACUAGCACCAGGAUUACGUUUGGGUUGUAUUACUGAUCUCCGUUUGCCUAAUAAUGGAAUAACUGGAGGUGAUGCUAAAUUUCUUGUUCCUUUACUGAGAUAUAGUGUGCAUCUUAAAUAUUUAGAUCUCAGUGCAAAUUUUCUUGGGGAUUUAGGCUGCUUAAUAAUAUCUCAAGCAUUGGCUUUACCAUGUUUUUCAUCUGAAAAUCGUAAUCUUAACCAGAAAUUUGGUUUAAUUCGACUAUUUUUAUCAGAGAAUAGGAUAACAUCUUCAAGUAUGAACUCAUUGGCCGCAGGAUUGAAGCGUUGUGCACGUUUAACUACCUUACAGCUAUGCGGUAAUACAAAUAUUGGAUCUGUUGGUUUACGUGCAUUAAAAUCAGGUCUUAUCAAUUCACCAUGUUUAAAACGUCUAGGUAUUGCUUUCUGUGGAAUUGAUAAUCAAGGCGCUUUGCAUAUAUCAGAAAUACUGACAAAAACAAAAUCACGUUUUACACUCAUCGAUUUAACUGGUAAUUUAAUCGAUUCUGAAGGAAGUCUUACUAUAGCUAAGUGUUCAACUUAUUUAAAUGAAAAUGUUAAAAUAAAAGGCUUAGAAGAGCUACAGAUAUCAUCUUUAAUGCAGUGUGCAUUAGAAACUUCUAAAAAGGAGAAUGGAGAUGAUAAUGUUGCUUCACAGACUAAUAAUUCACAAGUUCAAGAUGCUGUUAAAAAUUUAUUUCAAUCUACUGAGCGAUUUCUUCCUGCCAAUAAUUAUAAUAAUACUAACAAGCAAAAGAAUACACUUAUUUCUGCAAUCAAAUUGGGCAGUUAUAGAAACACUAAAUCUCAUUCAGCGCCUGGAUUUCAAUAUUAUACCAAUAAAUCUUUUCUAGACUGUGAUCCACGUUAUUUAUGGGGUGAUAGUUCAGACAGUGAUACUGAUGAUAAUAAUAAUAAUAAUAAUAAUAAUGCAGAUAAUGAUUCUAAUGACAAUGGCAAUGAUGAUGACGAUGAUGACACUGUUAACACUAACCCAAAUACACUUUACACGAGAAAAAAGAAGAUUAACACUUCAGGAACCAAUAAGUGUUUGAGAAAACAUUCAGUCAUUUGAGUAAAUCAGAAUAAAUUUUAUUAUAAACCCAGUGUGAAUUGUGUCAUUAGGCAGCUUUGUAAAUGUAGCACUCGCACACGCACACACAGAUCCAGAGUAUAUUCCCCAUCUUAGUUCAAGAUUUCUUUGCAUAGUGUGAUCAAAAUUUUUUUCGAUUAUCUAUCCAUCUGAUUUGAUUGUUUGAUUAAUGUGAAUACCUCCCCCCACUCUUCGUCUUCUUCUGUUGUUGUUGUUGUUCUUGUAGUUGAGUAUAUGAAAGAUGUUUGUAUUGUACAAAAAAGAGAGGGAAGAGAAGUUAUUCAAGCGCUAUUGUGAUUUUACCUUCAUUCCAUAUUUUCUCAUAUAUAUUUUUCCACAAAGAGAUCAUUUCCACUAUUUAGUUAGAAGAAAUUCAACUGAUGUUUUGUUUUUUUAUUUUUAUUUGUUGCCUGUAUAAGCCAAAAUAUUUUUAUGAAUUAAAAAAAUUUUUUUUAC